AUGUCAAGAUUCGUAAUCAUUGCCUUGUUUUUAACUCUCAUUGCUGCUACACUCAUCAACGCCCAAACCUAUUCGAAUUGUAAAGAUAUUGGAAAUGGAUACAAGGUUGAGUGGACAGCUGAUCAAACAGGAAACAAACUUUCUGCUCGUUUCACAAUUCCAAACUCUUCUGGUUGGGCUUCCAUUGGUUUAAAGUCAGGUUCAACAACCGGAAUGACAGGUGCCACUAUUUUGCUUGCCACUCAGUCAACCAUCACUGGUGAAUUCUAUGCUUCUGCCAACAGUCAACCAUCAGCAAUUUCAGGAGCUCCAUAUUACACCUCUGCCACAUCUUCCAUUUCUGGCUCCACAACAACCAUCACUUUGGUUCGUCCAUUAACUCGUCCAGGCACAGCUCCUGGCACCUAUUUUGAAAUUGCCAAGGGAAACUCUAUGAGAUUAUUGAUUGCUUCUCAUUCCUCAUCUGCCUAUCCAAACAAACAUGAUUAUACCAAUUCAAUUGUUUUGGACUUUUUCACUGCUAGUACUUGUUCUCAAGCUCAAACUAGUACCAAGGCAGCUACUUCGACUAAGGCAGUUACUUCUAGAAAUGAAGGUAAUAGUAAUGUGUCAUUGUCAUGGGAAAGAAUGUUGAUUGUCAUUUCAAUGAUCAUGACAUUGUUUGUAACAUUGUUUUAA